ACUUAAUUUAAUAUGAUUUGUUGAAUAGUUUGACCUACUAUUUAAUAAUUUUAAACUUUAACUUAGCACUAAGCAAAAGUAACAGAAGUUUUUACGAAUAAAAAUGGAUUCUAAAAUUGAAAACAAAGAACAGAGCGUUCAGAUGGAAUUUAAGAAACCUGUCUUAGUUGGUCGCAUUGGUAAAUUACCAAAAAAAGCCAAGCAAGAAAAUGAAAACACACGAGCUGUAAAUGAAGUUAAGGUGAUAACAAAAAAUGAAGCACCUGCGCCGCAAUCCUCAAAAAGUUCAUUGCCGCCAGAAGUGUUAUUGAAGGAAUUGUCUACUCCUAUACCUUACAAGGAACCUAAAUGGUCAGGCCUGUGUCCGGACGGAACAGAAUAUGCAUUGGAAGUAAUUAAAUCUGGAAUGAUUUUGGAUAAAGUCGAAUUAACACAAAAACCCUAUUAUGUGUUUGGAAGACUUGCAAACUGUGAUGUAGUUAUGGCACACCCCACCAUAUCAAGGCAUCAUGCAGUGCUGCAGUAUAAGGCAUUUGCUGAAGAAAAUGAACCAUCAUCCGGAUGGUACAUCUAUGACCUUGGAAGUACACAUGGCACAUUUCUCAACCGAGAAAAGCUGAGGGAGAAUCACUACACACGCCUGAAAGUUGGUCAUCAAAUCAAGUUUGGUACCAGUUCGAGAACUUAUAUUGUUUUGGGCCCAGACUACGAUUGCGAAGGUGAAUCAGAGCUCACUGUGACAGAAAUUAAACGCAGAGCUCAACAGAUGAAAAUGGAGAGAGAGAGAAUGAUUCAGGAGGCCAAAGAGCAGAGGGAGAAGGAAAGACUUGAAGAGGAGAAAAGGAGAGAGGAGCAAGGAAUUGAUUGGGGAAUGGGGGAUGAUGCGGAGGAAGAAACAGAUAUGGCUGAAAAUCCAUACGCAGUAACCACUAAUGAGGAAUUGUAUUUGGAUGAUCCGAAGAAAACACUCCGGGGAUAUUUUGAACGGGAAGGCCAUGAGCUUAACUAUGAUUGUGAAGAAAGAGGCGUUGGACAAUUUAUUUGUAGGGUAGAACUUCCAAUUGAUGAUCCACACGGCAGGCCGGUGCAAGCGGAAGUCGUCCAUCGUGGUAAGAAGAAAGAGGCGGUUAUUGCGUGCGCGCUCGAGGCCUGCAGGAUACUGGAUAGAGCUGGACUACUGAGACAAGCUAAACAUGAAUCAAGACGCAGAAAACAACGCGACUGGAGCGCCGACGACUACUACGACUCUGACGAGGACACGUUUCUGGACCGGACCGGCAGCGUGGAGAAGAAACGGAGGCAGAGGAUGCAGAAACACGGAGUGGUGCAGCGAGAAGACAGCACACCCGCCACCUAUGACGAUUUGCUCAAGCGCAUAACGGAGAUAGAAGAGAAGAUAGAAGCAGAAGAGAAGAACUUAGAACGACUGCGGGCGUCGAGCAAGCAGGCUCAUAGUGAUGUGGAGUCGGACGCGCUCGACGCGUUCAUGAGCAGCCUGGGCAAGCAGAGCAUGGCACAGAAGGCUGACAUAUCCAGGAGUAAGAUGAGCAUUCACAAAAUGAAGGCCGAGCUAACGAAGACCCAACGUUUGGCGGAGCUUGCCCGCCCGGCGCAUGCGCCGCCCAUCAUCAAAGCCAGCAGCAAGGCGCACGUCAAGCAAAACAACUCAGUUGUCUAUGGGAAGAGAUUGAAACUUAAAGAGGACUUGGAGAAGAGGACCAAAGUAAGAGAAGUAAAGAAACAGGAAGAAAGUGAGUUUGUUGAAGAGGUUGACUCUGAUGAAGAGGAAAAACUUGCGGUCAGAGUAGAUGGUGCAGAAGAAAAGACAGAGGAUGACAAUAAGAAGAAAUCACGACCAGAAAUGGAUCACAAGACCACAAAUAAUGAUGUGGCAGAAGAAACAAAAAAGGAGAGAGUAUUUGGACCUAUGAGGCCGCCAGAAGACUAUGUUAUACCGGAGAGCUACUUUGAUCAAGAAACAGACCGAGAUCUGCCAGAGAUAGUUGAUGAGACAUAAUAUAAUGUUAUAAAUA